AUGGCUGAGAAGCGAAACUCCAUCUCCUCCAGCGGCGACUCCAAGGGCGCCGACGUUGAAGCCCACGUCGAGCCCGUGGGCGAGAUUGGGGGCGUCGACCAUGGCGACCACCUCCGCGACACAAGUGACUCUACCGCUACUGUGCGCGGUCUCAAGAGCCGUCACUUGCAACUAAUCGGUAUCGGUGCUGCGAUCGGCACAGGAUUGUUUAUCGGUUCGGCCCGUUCCCUAAUCUACGCUGGCCCUCUUGGUGCGACCCUUGCAUAUGCCGCCUACUCGCUCGUCAUCUGGGGUAUCUGCCUGGGCACUUGUGAAAUGGCAACGUUCCUCCCUAUUCGUGGCGGUCUGGUCGCCUGGUCCAGCAUGUUUCUCGAUGAGGCUGCCGCCACUGCUCUGGGAUGGAACUACUUCUACGCUGCUACCAUGUUUGGCUGCUCGGACAUCAUCGCGUUCGCUGGUCUCUUUCAGUUUUGGCUACCGGAUCUCAGUCCAGCUGUCUGGAUCUCCAUCGCCCUUGUCGUGAUCACCUUGCUCAACUCGUACCACGUCAAGUUCUUUGGAGAGUCAGAAUUCUACCUCGCAUCCCUCAAAGUGCUCCUCAUGGUGGGCAUUAUCCUCAUGACGUUUGUUGUUAUGCUGGGAGGCAACCCCGACCACGACCGCAUCGGCUUCCGCUACUGGAAAGACCCAGGUGUCAUGGCAGAGUACUACACAACUGGACCAUUUGCUAGGUUUCUUGGCUUCUUCCAGGUCUUCAAGAUAGCCGCGUUCAGCAUUGGAGGCCCCGAUCUGGUCGCCAUGUCCUCGGCAGAGGCAGUUCAACCUCGCAAGACGAUCCCCCGCGCCACCAAGAGCAUUGUCGUCCGCAUGGCCCUCUUCUUCGUCCUCGGUGCCAUCUGCAUGGGUAUUCUCGUUCCUUACAAUGACGCCGACCUCAAGGAGGCUGUCGCGACUGGAGUCGGUGCCAACGCCUCGGCCUUCGUCGUCGGGAUGAACCGCGUCCACAUCAAGGUCCUUCCCCACAUCUUCAACGCCAUCGUCUGCACCUCGGCCCUGUCGUGCUCUAAUGGUUUUGCCUACAUUGCCACCCGUCUCCUGCACGCCCUUGCCUCAGAGGGUAAGGCCCCGAAGUUCUUUGCCCGCACCACCAAGCACGGUAUCCCCCUCUUUGCCUACUUUGCUGUGCUGGCCAUCUACUGCUUGGCGUACCUAGAGGUCGGCACAAACUCAGCCACCGUAUUCGGCUGGUUCAUCAACCUCUCCAGUGUCGGUGCCCUCAUCAACUUUGCCGCUCUUGCCGUUCUCAGCCUCCGUUUCCGUGCCGCCAUCAAGAAGCAGGGGUUCGACGCCGAGAAGCUCCUGCCGUGGUACUCGCGCUGGACUGUGCCGUACACGUGGUUCUCCCUCGUCUUCAUCCUCAUUAUCACCUUGUUCCAAGGCUGGACCGUCUUCGUGCACGGCGGAUGGGACCUCGAGGAGUUUUUCACGUCGUACUUUGGCCUCGCGCUCGUGGCGGUCAUUUUCGUCGCGUGGAAGCUGUACCACAAGACAAAGUUUGUCAAGCUCGAGGACAUCGACCUCACCUCGCGCAUCGCCGAGUUUGACUCGCUCGACCAGUACUACGAGGACCACCCGAUCCAGUCGACCACGAUGUGGGGCAGGUUCCUGGACAAGGUGUUCUAA